AUGAAACACUGGACAGAUGUAAAAAGCCUCAGAGAGAAGGCAUGGUUUGGCUUUUCCGAAGAAGAAAGGAGCACUGCAUGGCUUGUUCUUCUUGAUAUAAUUGGGCCAUCAGACGAGCACAUAGAGAGCAGUAUCCAGCAAAAGGCUUUAUUGUAUCUUUCUUCGUGCUCGCAAAAGACACAGAUGCACAGCCCAGAGGUAGUCCUUUCGCCUGACUCAACCUUCAAAGUGCAAAAACAAAUUAAAAAAGAUGUGCUUCGGAUAAACACCUCCAUAAAUAACGAAGACCGAUCAAAGUCAUUUCACAGAGCAAUGGAGCUAUUUGCUAGAAAGUAUGCAGUGGUUGGAUACGUGCAGGGAAUGUGCGACAUAUUCAAACUGUUCAUUGACGUGCACUCAGUGUCCCACGAUCUAGAGCAGGCAGAGGCGCUGUCCUACUUUUGCUUUGUGAAGAUCGUAAGCAACUAUCUCGAUUACUUUUCAUCGCGGCAGGCAGGGAUAGAAAGAUCGAUAGAAGAGAUAGAGUAUUUGAUAGACAAGAACAGUCCUCGUCUUUUUUCUUAUCUGAGCAAGCUGAAAAUAGAGAUAAAAUAUUUUGCAUACAACUGGAUGUCUACUUUUCUGUUCAGAGAGUUUGCAGCGCACAAAGAGGUGUUUGAUGCGCACUUCUCUCUAGGGCCUGAAGAGUUUGUCCAAUUUAACGUGUCAUUUGCCACGGGGAUAGUCAUAUACCUACAAGAUAGGCUAAUGAAGAAGGACUUUGAAGGAGUGGUGCACACCCUGCAGAACAUACAGAGUGAAAAGUGGACAAAAAGUGACAUAGAGAAGAUUCUGUCCAUAGCAUUCAUAAUAUACUCAAACGGAACUCUUUUUUCCAAAGGUCAUGCAAAGUAA